AUGGCCCCUGGUAGCAGUCGAGCCCCAGCCGAGGAGACAGUGACAUUCAAGGACGUGGCUGUGGACUUCACCCAGGAGGAGUGGGGCCUCUUGGACCCUCCUCAGAAGGAGUUGUACAAGGAGGUCAUGCUGGAGAAUGCCCAGAACCUGCUCUCUCUGGGGCUUCCAGUUCCCAGAGAAGAUGUGAUCUCUUAUUUUGAGCAAAGGGAAGCACCAUGGAUGCUGGAGCAAGAAGGCCUGAGGAGCCGCUGUCCAGAAGGAGAGAUCAGACUUAAAAUGAAAGAGACUACUGCAGCGCUAAGCCUUUCUGUAAAAAAAACUCACAAGCAAAGAUUCAGAAGUAAUGGUCCCUGUGGCUUCACUUGUAGAGAGAUCUGUGCUACGUAUCAGAGAAUCCAUACUGGGGAAAAACCUUAUGAAUGUAAUCAAUGUGGAAAGGCUUUUACACAUAAAGGCACUCUUACUGUACAUCAGAAAGUCCACAGUGGAGAGAAGUCUUAUAAAUGUAAUCAGUGUGAAAAGGCUUUCAGAGAUAGCUCCAGUCUUGCUAAACAUCAGAGAAUCCACAUUGGAGAAAAACCUUAUGAAUGUAAUCAGUGUGAAAAGGCUUUCAGAGACAAGUCCAUUCUUGCUCUACCUGAGGGGAUUCACACACAGGAGAAACCUUAUGAAUGUAAUGUAUGUGGAAAGGCUUUCAGAAGCAGCUCCAGUCUUGCUAAACAUCGGAGAACCCACACUGGAGAAAAACCUUAUAAAUGUAAUCAGUGUGGAAAGUCUUUCCUACAGAGGGCCAAUCUUGCUUUACAUAAAAGAAUCCACACUGGAGAAAAACCAUAUGAAUGUAAUCAAUGUGGAAAGGCUUUUGCACGUAAAAGAACUCUUACUGGACAUGAGAGAACACACACUGGAGAGAAACCUUACAGAUGUAAUCAAUGUGGAAAGACUUUCAGAGAAAGCUCCACUUUUGCUAAACAUCAGAGAAUCCACACUGGGGAGAAACCUUAUGAAUGUCAUCAGUGUGGAAAGGCUUUCAGCGCCAGCUCUCUUGCUGUACAUCAGAGAAUCCACACUGGAGAAAAACCUUAUGAAUGUAAUCAAUGUGGCAAAGUUUUUACAUAUAAAACAAGUCUUAUUGUACACAAGAGAAGACACACUGGAGAGAAACCUUAUGAAUGCAAUCAAUGUGGAAAGGCUUUUACACAGAGGGCCAAUUUUAGAGUACACCAGAGAAGACACACUGGAGAGAAACCUUAUGAAUGUAAUCAGUGUGGAAAGGCCUUUACACAGAGGACUCAACUGCUGAAUAGCAGAAUCCACACUGGGGAAAAAUCUUAUGAAUAUAAUCAAUGUGGAAAGGCUUUCAUAGGCAACUCCAGUCUUGUUGAACCUCAGAGGAUACAUCCUGGAGAAAAACCUUAUGAAUGUAUUCAAUGUGGAAAGGCUUUCAUAGGCAGCUCCAGUCUUGCUGAACAUCAGAUAAUCCACAGUUGUGAGAAACGUUAUGAAUGUAAUCAAUGUGGAAAGGCUUUCAGAGACAGCUCCAGUCUUGCUAAACAUCAGAGAAUCUACAUUGGAGAGAAUGCAAUCAAUGUGGUAAAGCCUUCAGGCAAAAGUCAGCCUUUGUUUCACAUCAGAGAAUUCAUAUAAGAUAUAAAUCUUAGCACUGACAUGAUUGAAGAAAGGCACUGAAAUGGAGCACGGAGCUUCUUAUACAGCAGAAAAUUCUAGUCCAUUUAUGGACUCAUAAGCCUUCAAAGGCCUUCAGCCAAAGAUCAUUUCUUAUCCUAUCAUCAGAGGAUUCAUAGUAGGAGAAUG